AUGAAGUUAUUUUCUUCUUUUCUUUUCAAUUCCGCUCUAGCAGGUCAAACUUCCUGUCCAGAUCCAAUCGGCUCUUCCAAAUUAUCAAUCUACACGAGAGAGAACAGAUGCGUGUAUUUCUACGACCAGCGAAAAAAUUUCAUCGACGCGGAAAAUGACUGCGCUCAAAUUUUCGGAGAAGCAGGAAAUUUUGGAAAAUUAGUGACAAUUCAUCACGAGGGCUUUCAAGAGUGGUUUUAUGAAGAGCAAAAGAAGCAGCUCGGGACGUGGUCCAGCAUUUGGAUCGGCCUCCGCGCAGUUUGCGACACCUGCCCUCUAGAAUGGGUCGACAAUCAGCCGAUGCAAUACGAAAACUGGCAAAACGGCGAACCUAACGGCCCCGGGGUGGAAAAUUGCGUCGAGCAACAUGCUUUCAACGAGUGGCCAGGCGACAAUAAUGGACUGUGGAAUGAUAUCUACUGCAGCUCAGAGAUCAAUUAUGCUUGUCAAAUAUUUCCAGCAGGAACGCCAGAGCCUCCGGAGAAAAACUGGCCGACGAAAGGAGGUUGCCCAAAAGGGUGGCUGCAAUUUGCAGGGGCGUGCUAUCUGAUUCCAGUUACUGGCAAUGGAGCAGCAGAGGGUCUUCAGCUGAAAAAUUUUGUUGGCGCUGAAAAUGACUGCAAAUCUCGAUCGCCCGACGCUCACCUCGCUAUUAUCACCAACCAAUUCCACAAAGCUUUCCUCGCAUCUCAAUUCUACCGCCUCAAUCUUUGGUCGACCCCCUACAUUGGCGUCCAUGCUGAGCCGGAAAAUGGCGAGUUUUACUACGUCGAUCGGGAUCCUCUUGUUUACUCGAACUGGAAGGCGAAGAAUCCAAACAUGCCAGACAGUAAGUGUUAUUGA